AUCAGCGAAGUUACAUAAUAUGACAGAAAUGACUCAAAUCCAUUUUCCUGUCAGUGUAAGCCACUCUUCAUAACGGCUUGGACAGUCGCAGCGAAAAGCACCUUUCUCAGCAAAGAUCCAACUCGUAGCGUCUUUCACCUCCUGCUCCCACGGCGCUCCUGCACCAAAACACGCAGUUUGAGCGCGAGGAAGAGCAGCGCGAACUGAUCGCUACAGUCCAGAUUUUGCUUAAAUAAAGUGAUGAACUAUGGAUAUAUAUACGCCGAAUUUAUUAGAGAAGCUAAAUAAACGUAUCAGGUGUCAAAUCGUGCUCGGAUGCGGGGUUAUAUUUGCGGCUGAGGCCGGUCACUGUGACCUGACAGGUGGGUGAAUGCAGGCUGGCGGUGCGUCCUGCGUGCAGCAGCACGGAAGCUCGCGGGGACCACAGGCGGGGACAGGCUUCGUGGAGUCUCCGUGCACACAAGGAAGCCGCUCAGCCAAUGGCGACGCGCCGCUGCCUGGAACAACACGUGCGAAGCCAAUCACGUUCCCCGGCCAAGGAUUUUCUCGCGAACUGGCCUGUGAUUGGACGAGCGGGCACCAGGUGCCGUCACGUCCCUCAAGGCGCCGUGUUCGUAUCCGCCAACAGCUGCGAGGGGAGCGGCGCGGCCUAUGAGAAUGACCAGAUCGUCCGGCCAAUCACAUUUCCCCCUUUCGACCACCGUUGUCGCCGCAGCCAAUCAGGUGUCGGGAAACAGCGCUCGGGCUCAACAGCUUGUUGUUCGUGUCGCUUUGCAACCCGAGCGAGAGGGGAAGCGGCCGCGUCUUCAAUAAAACAACCUUUCGAGCUGGACGCCCUCAAACAACCUGAAACAUGAAGGCAGUGGAUGAGCCUGCCUACCUGACAGUGGGGACGGAUGUCAGUGCCAAGUACAGAGGAGCGUUCUGCGAGGCCAAGAUCAAGACGGUCAAACGCAUGGUGAAGGUUAAGGUGACUCUGAAAGGAGAGAGCACGUCACAGGUGGUGCAGGACGACCAGGUGAAGGGAACCCUGAGGGUGGGCUCCACGGUGGAAGUGAAGACCAACGAGGGUCUGUCCAGUGAGGCGGUGAUCAGCAAGCUGACGGACGCCAGCCUCUACACUGUGGUGUUUGACGAUGGCGAUGAGAAGACUCUGCGUCGAACGUCCCUGUGUCUGAAGGGAGAGAGACACUUUGCAGAGAGCGAGACUCUGGAUCAGCUGCCGCUGACGAACCCGGAGCAUUUUGGGACGCCUGUGAUCGGGAAGAAGUCGAACCGCGGCGGGCGGCGCUCGUCCCAGGCCGUGGCGGACGAGGAGAACUCGUCUUCGUCCAGCGAGGAGGAGGAGGACGACCGGCGGCGGCUGAACGACGAGCUGCUGGGGAAAGUCUGCAGUGUGGGCGGAGCCGAGGAGGGGGGCGGGUACCUGGGCCUGGUGGUGUCUCCCAGUUGUAACGAUGAGCUGACGGUGAAGAAGGAUCAGUGUCUGCUCCGCUCCUUCAGCGACUCCAAGUUCUACACGGUGGCGAGGAGAGACGUGCUCGUCGUGACGUCAGACAGCGUCAGCAGACCAGAAUUCUCCUGCAGGAGAGGUGGGGAGGCGGCGCAGCUCUUCCUGAGCUCCCAGCAGGUUCCUGAGGUGUGGAAGAUGGACAUGAGUCAGAUCCUCGACUCGUCCUCCAGCGGCGAGGACGAUGACGACGACGAGGAAAAGGAGACCGACGAGGACGACGAGGACGAAGAUGACAAGAAGAAAAAGAAGCACAUAAAGGAGGAGCCGGAGGAGGAGCCUGACCCAGAGGAGAGGGAUCUGUUCCUGCAGCAGCUCUAUAAGUUCAUGGAGGACAGAGGAACUCCCAUCAACAAGCCUCCAGUUCUGGGCUACAAGGACCUGAACCUGUUCAAGCUCUUCAGGCUGGUCUACCACCUGGGAGGCUGCCACAAGAUUGAGAGCGGCACAGUGUGGAAGCAGGUCUACAUGGAUCUGGGAAUCCCCGUCCUGAACUCUGCAGCCUCUUACAACGUCAAGACGGCCUACAGGAAGUACCUGUAUGGAUUUGAGGAGUACUGCCGCUCGGCUUCCAUCACCUUCAGAACCAUCCAUCACAACAACCCCCGCCCCCCGACCACACCGGCCAAUCAGAAGUCUGCUGCAGCGGCGGAGCAUAAGGACCCCGCGCUCACCAUCAAGGCGGAGCCUGUUGGUGACAAGGGCGGCGAGGGGGCGGAGUCUGAGAGCGAGAGCGAGAAGGAGGAAGUGAAGGAGAGACACUCGUCACCGAGGGGCAGGAGGAGGCUCGCCCCCAGCCACGCCCGACCCGAGAGAGAGAGAGAGAGCCGGCCGGACAGGAGAGGAGCAGGAGGAGGAGGAGGAGGAGGAGGAGGAGAGACCAGCGGCGAGGAGCAGAGGGAGGCCCGCCGGCGCAGCAGCCGCAGACUGGACGACUCCGAGAGAGGCUCUGAGGAGGAGGAGGAGGAAGACGAGGACGAUGAAGAGGAUGAGGAAGAGGAGCGGAGGAGAGGAGACAGGAGUGAGGAAGAGGAAGAUGGCGACUCUCUGGCGGGGACGAAGGUCAGAGUGAAGUACGGCCGAGGAAAGACUCAGAAAAUUUAUGAAGCAAACAUCAAGAAGACGGACGUGGACGACGGAGAGCAGCUCUACCUGGUGCACUACUACGGCUGGAACGUCAGGUACGACGAGUGGGUGAAGGCCGACCGCAUCAUCUGGCCCGGAGAGAAGGGCGCCAAGAAGAGGCUGAGGAAGAAGGUGAAGCAGAACAAAGACAAGGACGAGGCAGACAGAGAGGAGGACAAGGCGGCGGCGGCGAUGGCGAUGGUGAAGCCGCCGGCGGCGAGGCGAGGGCGUCCUCAGAUCAGGACGACGCCCGGCGGCUCGGCGGGACGCAGCGUCUCCAAAACGCCAAGCAGCGACGGCAGAGCGGCCAACAGGAGCUGCAGGGCGGAGCCUCCACCUGGCCUGGCCAACGGAGACAACACUCCGAGGAGGAGGACCAGGAGGACGUCAGGCAUGUACGACUCAGACAGGAACUCACACGAGGAUUCUGGGAACUCGUCGGAGGACAGUGACCCAGACGAGCCUCCUGAGAAGAAGGUGUUGGCGUGGAGCGAGCGGGUGGAGGCGGAGCCGCCACGCCACGAGGAGCAGAGGCAGGAAGUGGAGGAGGAGGAGAGGACGCCGUGUGACGUCGCCAGCGCCGAAAACACCUCCGCCCCCGCCGCCAAUGCUGCCGUCACCACGGCAACAACCGCGGCAGGUCCACAGCCUGUGGCCGCGCCGCCGUGUCCCAGCAUGCACCAGGAGCAGGCCGACAAGCUGCUGAGCCAGUUAGAAAAGAGGGAGGUGGAGCAGGAGGAGGAGCCUCCGGGAGAAGCCGCCGUGUCGCCCGCUCACCUCGACAAACGGGACAAAACGUCGCCGGCACGGGAACGAGUCGCCAAGACGCCCCCCGCCCCGGAGCCGCCCUGCAGGACGCCGCCCGCCGCCGCCAAUAAGACGACCGCGUCACCGGAGAAACCCUGCAAGACGUCCCCGCCCCCGGACCGGCUCAGCAGGACGCCGCCCGCCGACAGGCAGAAGACCUCCUCCCCGCUGACGGAGAGCGUGAAGGAGGAGGGGCCCGCCCCCCUGUCCUCCCCCAGGGGCAAAGGGCGCCGGGCCAACCUGCGGGAGGCGGGAUCCGAAACUCCACCCAGAAUCCCCCUGUGUGCUGCAGUUACCACGACGACCAGCCCCGUCACCCCCGCCGCCAGCAGUCCCAGCCACACGGCGGCGCUGUCCUCGCCCCCCCGCGGCGUCCUGAAGCGACAGGAUGAGCCCAUGGUCAUCUUACACUGCCUCCCCAGCCAGCGCCUCCCCGACGCCGCCGCCUCCGACACCGACUCCGCCACCGAGGAGGAGGAGCAGCAGCAGGAGGAGGAGGAGAGGAGCGGCGGCGUGGUGAAGCGCAAGGCGGCGGAGCAGAGGACGGUCGAGAAGAAGCUCAGGAGAGAGGAGGCCACGCCCACCUCGCCCAAAACCACGGCGUCUUCGAUGCGGCGGGCGGACGCCGACAGGAGGAGCGAAGGAGGCGUGAAGACGGAGGAGCGGCCGCGGCAGCCGGAGGACAAGCCGAAGGAGGCGGCGGAGGAGCCGCCGACGGGCGGAGCCGCUAAGGAGGCGGAGCCCGAAGCCGGGUCGCCUCCCUUCUCUCCGGAGGCGGCGGCUCCAGGGGGCGGAGCCUCGGCGCUGCAGCAGGAGGAGCUGAUGCCUCAGAUGGGCCCGGAGGCGCUGGUCUGCCACGAGGUGGACCUGGACGACCCCGACGACAAGGACAAGCCCGUCCCGUCGGGGGAGCACCUCCUCCUGAUGAUGAGGGAGCCUCACCUCCUGCAGCCCCCCCUCGCCUCCCCCCACCCCCCCCCACCCGCCCACGCACACCCCAGGCUCCUGACCUCGGCCACGCCGCCGGGCUCCGCCGCCCGCGCCGAGGAGGCCCACCCGCCCCGCGGCGAGGCGGAGAGAGGGGCGGCGAGCGCGGAGCCGCAGGACGCCGACGCCGAGUCCAGCCCCGGCUUCGACGCCGGCGCCUCCUCCUCGUCCUCCUCCCUGUCCCUGCAGGACGCCAAGGACAGAGGUCAGAAGCGGCUGAUGGACGGACACACCAGCCCGCAGGCCAAGAAGCAGAAACGCAGCCAGAAGAGACCAAACACCCCCAGCAAGAUGGACAAGAACGGAGCAGGUCACAGCAGCGACAGUGAGGACCAGGCCAGGCUGUCGUCUCUGUCCAAGCCUCAGAAGAGCCGCUGUCCCGGGCCGGGCCUCGCCUCGCCCACACACACACACACACACACACACACACAAGCACACACACACAGCAAGGACAAGCAGGCCUUCCCCUCCCCACAGCGCACGUACAAGUGGACCUUCCAGCUCAAUGAGCUGGACAGCAUGUCGAGUGCAGAGCGGAUCUCCUUCCUGCAGGAGAAGCUGCAGGAGAUCAGGAAGUACUACAUGAGCCUCAAGUCAGAGGUGGCGUCCAUCGACCGCCGCCGCAAGAGACUCAAGAAGAAAGAGAGGGAAGUGUCUCUGACCACAGCGUCCACCUCCUCAGGCUCGUCGGACACCGGCAUGAGUCCGUCCUCGGCGUCGCCCACACAGAACACCGUGGCUGUGGAGUGCAGGUGAUGACACGCCCGCCAGGCCCGCCCCGCGCUCCCCACAAGCCCCGCCCACGCCCUCCGCUCAGCCCCGAGGGCAUGCUGGGAAAACCCCCGCCCUCCUCCGACCGCGGCUUCCGCUGCUAGCGGCGGGUGCGUUACGGGACGUACCCAUAAUGCACCUGCGUCCCGUUGGCGUGCGGUCAGCGCUGCUGUGGCAGAGGUCAAAGGUCACCCUGUUAGUUUGAGACGCAGCACAGCUCAUUAUGCAAAAGUAUUUUUUGGUCAUCACUCUUUUUAAGAAAAAAGGAAAAGAAGAAAAAAAGUUUGGCGAGCGGAUGAACUUCCUGUGAGUCUUUUCUGUCUUUUUAUAUGUAAUCAGAGCUUUUAUUUUGGUAAGGCAAAAAUUUCAAGAAGUAUAUUACAGCUGAGAAGUUAUUUAAUGAAAUAUUUCUAGACCUGAACUUUUGUUUUUGUGUAAAGUCUCUGCAACUUGUGAAAUAUAUUUAUUCUGUUGGACACUUUUUUUUUUUUUUUUUUUUUUUUUUUAAUGCAGUGCGGGGCUGACCGCAGUACUUCCUGUUUCCUGUGUGAGGCGCUGGGCGGGCGCUUGUGUUUUUGUACAUAGACCCUUCAUGUAAGAAAAAGAGAAACAAACAUACCAUGUAUUUGAAAAAUACAUUUUACACGACUGUAAAGAAUGAUUUAUAUUAUUUUUUAAGAAAGACAUCUUUGUACCGGUAUAUUAUGGAAGCUUUGAGUUUUUUCUAUGUGGCGGCGGAGAGCGGCGACUCGUUUCCCUGACAGCAGUUCAGUCUGAGCAAAGCCAUGUUGUACCUUUCUGUAAGAUAACGCAGAGCUCUCCCGGUUUCUAAUAAAGUUUUUAAAUAUG